AUGGCAAAGGUCGUCGACGUCAGAGAAGUGGGCGUCGUGGUGGUGCCGGAGAAGUUUCGCGCGUCCAAAACGGCGGCGAGGUGCGGGAGGGUGUCAACUAGGGGACGGGGCAAUGUUGGAAGAAGGAUUGAUAAACUGGCGGAGGAGGAAGCUGUGCGCUUUCUCGGCACCAACGAAGCGACCGGACUGACGGAGGAGGAGGCGGCGGCGCGCCGCCUCAAAGUGUACGGACCUAACAUCGUCGACCAUCAUCCCCAGCCAUUAUCAUUUCCUUACUUGGCUCCCUAUGAACUGGCCAUUAUCAUUUCCUUACUUGGGGGAAGUCUGAAUGCAUGCUGUGUUGCAAAGCGCCUUGCUAAUCAUGCUAAGGCACCGCUGGAAGCUAUAGCUUUCGCACCAAGGGUGAAGGUUUUGAGGGAUGGGAUAUGGAAAGAUGAGAAUGUGACAAAUCUUCUUCCUGGGGAUAUCAUCAUAUAUCUCAAGUGUGGUGACAUUGUGCCAGCCAAUGCUCGUGUCCUGAACCUGGUAAGGAUCGACACCAAAAUCAUCCGUGAUGAAAGAUGUGUCGACUCUGUGAAGGGCUCCCAUAUAUACUAUGGCUGGGCUGUGUUCUGUGGCGAAGGGACUGCUGUUGUUACCGCGACAGUCAAUGGCAUCCCCAGGAGCACUCUAAAGCUUUAUCCGAAACGUUUCUCUUCGCCUGGGCAGCUUAGGAAGGGUGUCAUGGCUGCUGGCUCCUGUUGCUUUUGCUUGAUACUUGUUGGCAUCAUUGCCGAGGCCUCUUGUCAAAUUCUUUUUCCUGCAAAACGAGGGCGUGCUGCAGAUUGGCCACUUUGUGCCGCUAAUUGGUGUAACACCAAUGGCCAUGCCUGCUGUGCUCCACCUGGUAUUGAUAAACUUUUGCUCUCAAAUGAUGAUAUACUCUUCAACACGACUGGGACUUUGACAUGCAACAAACCCUGUUUUGACAAGGACAAAGUUGAAGUGUAUGCAGACGGUAUUGAUAAAGACCAUGCUAUUCUUUUGGCUGCACGAGCUUCAAAAGCUCACAAUGAACUGUACAAAGAACCAAUUGAUGCAGCCAUUCUUGGCCUUAUAGAUGAUCCAGAACAGGUAAGAGUCGGCAUUGAGGUCAUAGAGCACCACUCCCGCUUCUUUGUUGCAAUGAUAUUGAUGUACAUGACAACUUACAUCGAUGGAAAUGGCUCCAAGUGUUCUGUACUCAAAGUUGACUCUGCAUUGGUAGAGGAAGAUCCUCGGUAG